AUGCUGGCCGUCGCCCACGUACUCCCUGCUCGUCCAUACGAACACCCUCCACCGCACCGCCGCGACAUCCCCGAUGAUGCCUACUUCAGAGAGCUCGUGCUCCAAGCAGCCGAGUUCUACGCCAGUAUCUCCCACGUGCGCGUCGAGGCGAUCCAACGCCAAUGUCGCAAACAAGCAGCCGAGCUUGCCCAUCGUGGUCUCGCGUACGAAGAUCUUCGAUCUCUCACUCUAUCCUCAGCGCAGAAGCCUGAGAUCACCGUCCACGCCGCGAUCGCUGCGCCAGCCGCCAUGACGGAAACCGCCUUCGCGGAAGCACAAGAGGCUCCCGCAGACCGUAUCGUCGAGGACGACCAACUGGCCUCCCACGACUCUCCCUUCCAGCUCACCGGCGCGCCUCUCGAGGACGACGCGAGCACCGAAACCCUAGACCCGAAUGCCAUCCUCAGCGACGAUUCAGCCCCUCAGGACCCCGAAUGCUGGGGUGCGGACUCUCCUGCCGUCACUGAAGCUGAGGACCACCAGGCGCUCCCUUGGGUGCGUUACAUGACGCAAAACGGGGACGAUUACAGCUUGUGGACAGGCCUGGAGAACGGCGCCGCUCCUAUCGUGCAGGGGAUGUAA